AUGGAGGUUCCAGACCGUCCGCUCAGCUUUGUCCCAGCUAAAAAGGGCGACAUCAUUACUAUUGGACCCAUGAAGCUCCGCGUGUUGGAAGAUGGCUCAAACACAGACAAUCGUCUCAGUAGCGUGGAGCUUACUAUUCCUCCAAGGGUUCGCGGACCCCCUCCACACUGGCAUGAGAUGCAUGAUGAGACUUUCCUCGUUACCAAGGGUACCCUGCGAUUCCAUGUUCCUGGCAAACCAGACAUUGAUGCUAAGACUGGUGAUUAUAUUGUGGUUCCUAUCAAGAGUCCGCAUACGUUUUCGAACCCCACGGAUGAAGAGACGAUUUUCUUUAAUACUCUCACCCCUGCGUUCUAUAUAAAUUAUUUUAAGUUACUGGGCCAAUUUGUGGAGGGGGGAGAAAUGACGCCUGAAGCUAAUCAGAAGGCCAUGGCGUAUUACGCGACGAUUCCUGUGGCUGAGCCUUGA